AUAUCUAUAAUAGACCGAAAAGCAACUAAGCGACCGCAGUUAAGGUGUUAAAAACGAAGCACUAUCUUUUUCAUUACAUAAUUCAUAUGAGGUUUUCUUGAAAAUCAUUGAAUUAACAUUAUAAUCUCUGGGUAAGAUGGAGCUGCAUCCGUUUUCAUGUUGGUUUUUAAAGUUCUUUUACGAUUUCCAAUUUGAUGAAUUGAACAUGGAAUUGAAUUCUAUCGUGAAUUUAGUUCUUCGGUUUCUCAUUAUUUGUUACCAUCAAUUAACGGGCCAUUCUGUAUGUGAUUAAUAGCAUUGGAACUUCACAUGAAAUUACCCUUAUUAGCGAUGCGAGGGGGACAAUAUUGUGUGAAACUUGAAAAAAUAAUAAAUAAAUAGUAUUAUAUACAGUUGGUAAGUUGUUAAUUAAUGAAAUCGAAGUUCGAUAUAAUGAUAAAAUUAAUAAGAAUCGUUGUGAGUUAACUAAGUACAUAAUUUAUCAACAUAAAAAUAUCCAUAUAUCUACAAUUAAUUUAAGCACAUUCUCAAUUUAAAUUGUCAAUAAAUAAUACAUUACAAAAUUAUACAUCUCACUUAGUAAAUUUUAAAACUAUAAUUUGAAUAAAAAAAGGUGAUAAACAUCUUAUGUCUGAUUCCAUAUACUUAAAUAAAAUUAAAACAUACUGCAGACUUUCGAAAAGAAUUUUCAAAAAAUCUAAUUGAAAAAUUAUAAAUUAGUGAAUUUACAUCAGUUUAGGUCACCCCUUAUUUUUAAAAUUUUGGGUAAAUUUUUAUUUAUCACUGCAUAGAAAAACUUCAGUUACAUAAUAUGGGGAAUAUCUAAUGAAGUUUGUAGUUUUAAAUGUCAAUCGUAAAUAAAUUUUUAGGUUAUGUUUAUUAACUGAUGAAAAUGGAUUCAAAAUAUAGUGUCCCAAUUAUUCCACAAAAUUCAUAUCAACAUGAAACUAUUAUUCAAAUAGCAGAAGUGUUGAAUCAUUUAACUAAUGUCAGUGAAGCUAUAUUUGGUCAAAUAAGCAGGCGACUAGAAACAAAUAAGGCUAAACUAUCAGAUAUAUCCCAUAGAGUGGAUAAUGUCAAUAAAAAAAUUAACACUCUCAGAGGCGCCAAAAAAGCUACCCAAGUAUUUUCUAGUAGUAAGUACCCGGCUAGUGAUAUUAAUAAACCUUAUGUUUCGGCGUUUCACGAUGCACCCCAAGUUCUUUUAGAAAAGCAAAAUGUUAGAUUAAAGAAUACUUCAGCAGCUCAAGGACCUUUAGAAAAAUUACUGUUUUACCAUGUUAAUAUUCAACAAAACACUCAUACUAAGUUAGACGGACUAGGACAUUCUCCUCAAAGAGUCGAGUUUGUUAAUGAUUUAUUAUUGUACAAUUCUGGCAAGAAUGUGUAUAAAGAUUUUGUAAUUAGUGGGGAAUCAAACAUUCCACAGUAUAUUAAGGAAGAUGAAGAACGGAUAUCAGAGAUAGGUGGUGCUCCACAAUCUAUCAGUGAGAGAUCAAUGUUGUCAAAAGCUCAAAAGCAAGAUUACUUUUAUUCUCCUCAAAUUGGAGAAGUGCCUGCCUUGGAUGUACCGUUGGAUUUACCAGACCUCCCGGGAAUAGCAAAUGAUCUCCACUAUGAUAGUGACCUUACUUCAAGUAUAGCCCCUUCAGCUGAUGUACCUCCGUCCAUAUUAGAGCUAGAUUUUGAUACUAGCAAUAAUCUACCAAAUAUUCCUCAAGAAAAUGGAGAAUGUGUGGAAUAUAAUGACAUUCCUGAUCAUAAAUUACCUCCUGUACCCCAGGAACUUCCUCUUAAACUACUUUCUCCUUCAAAAGAAGUCGCGAAACCUGAGUUAUUAGAAAUUACAAAUAUUGACCAUAAAAAGCCCUCAGAAUCCGUGUCUAAUCAUGUGAGUAGUGUCACUUUACCUUCUGUGGAUGAUGUUCGAUCCAGUUUGAUGGAAGCUAUUAGAAAUGCGGGAGGAAGUGGUAAAGCUAAACUGAAGUCUAUUCAAAAUAAAAAAGAGCAAGAAGUUGCCACCAAAGUACCUCAGGGUAAUGAUUUUAUGGCUGAUUUACACAACACAUUAUUCAUGAGACGAAAAGGAAUUUCAGGAGCAAAACAACUCCAUGAUACUUCUAUUGAUGCAGAUUCCACUUUAUCACGGAUAUCAUCUAUGAUUCCUCCACCUGAACCAAAACCUGAUCCUGAAUCUACAUCAAAUGAUGAAGAAGAGUGGGAUUGAUAAAAAUUGAGAUUAUAUUAAGGUUGUACAGAAACCUAAUAUAAAUGACAAAUAUCCAAAUUGUAUGUGAUGUGUAGUGUGUUCAGUAUUGUUGGUUAAAUCAACAGGAAGUCCAGGAUUUACAUUGUAAAAUCUGAUUUUAUUAUUUUUCCACUGUAAUUCAUGUUUUGUUUAAAAUUUAAACUAUUUUUGUUAAUGUAUAUGUUUUUGUUCUAAUGUCACAUCUGUUUCAAGUGAAUAAAUAUGUAAAACAAA